AUGAAGUUCUUGAGCGUUGCCUCCUCGAUCAUUGCUCUAGUCUCCGCCGCUGCCCUCAGUCCACGAGAAGAGAAGGUCAGCUAUGACGGAUUUAAAGUCUACCGGAUCACCACCGGUGAGAACUUGGCUUCAGUCCAGGACAAGCUCGCCGAUAUUGAGAUGAAGCCAUGGAAUAUGGAUUUCUCCAAACACAUCGACGUCGCCAUUUCGCCUGACCAGAUCGAGAAGUUUGAGUCACUCAAUCUCAACACAAUAGUAAUGCACGAAGAUCUUGGGGCAGACAUAGCCGCAGAAUGGAAUUCCAGCACACCGUCAAGUCUCUCGAAACGCGCUGUACCCGAUGUAUCAUGGUUCAACGGCUAUCACAGCUACAACGAUCACCAGACAUUCCUCACGAAUUUGCAAACAGCUUUGCCACAGAACUCGGAGAUCAUCACCUCCGGUACCUCAGUACAAGGGAGGCCAAUUCGAGGAAUCCACGUCUGGGGCAACAAUGGCAAGGGAAAGAAGGCGAUCCUUAUUCACGGCAAUGUACACGCCCGAGAGUGGAUCACAAGCAUGAGUGUAGAAUAUUUUCUGUACCAAUUGAUGACGGGCUACGGGAGAGACAGCAACGCUACAGCUUUACUGAAUACGUACGAUUUCUGGAUCUUGCCAGUGGUAAAUCCUGAUGGAUUUGUAUAUUCUCAAACCAACGAUCGUCUCUGGCGGAAGAACAGAUCUGCUGCUCCCGCUGGCAGCUCCUGCAUCGGAACUGACGAAAACCGCAAUUGGCCCUUCCAAUGGAAUGUACCUGGUGGUUCCAGCACGAACCCGUGCGACGAAACCUACCGAGGCCGAACACAAGGAGACACCCCUGAGAUUAAAGGUUUGGUAUCUCUGGUCAAUCAGCUAAGGGACAGCUCGGGUAUUAAGCUAUAUCUCGAUGUCCACUCCUAUGGACAAUAUAUCCUCACUCCUUACGGUUACUCCUGCUCCGCCGUGGCCGCCAACCAAGCCAAACACGAUACCCUUGCUGCCAACACUGGCAGAGUCAUCAAAGCAUUCUCUGGAACCACCUGGAUCACGGGACCUUCUUGCUCCACACUGUACGCGACCAGCGGCAGCAGCACGGAUUAUGUUGGUGAUGUAGGCAAGGCAGAAUACAGUAUGACGUUCGAACUGAGGGAUAAGGGUACGAAUGGAUUUGUAUUGCCCGCCAGCCAGAUCUUACCAGUUGGCAAAGAGAUGUGGGAGGGAUGGAAGUAUCUAGUGGCUAACUUGUAA